AUGUUUUGUAGAAACAUCAAGAAGAAUUCGAACGCUGGCACCGAGCUUUGUCUCUUGUGCCUCGAUUUCAUCCGCUUGAUUUCACCGCUCGUCGACACUAAUAGACUUGAGCAGCUCUUGUUUUGGAAAACAAGGGCCACGCUUUUGCACUUUACUUUUAUUUGCUGCUCCUCCGCGAAGCUGGAGUUGCAGGUCAGCGACUGGAAGCAGGUGAAAUCCUGGAGCGACAAUUUAAUCAGGGAGUUGGAUGAACUAAAAGUGCAAUCAGAAGAAUGGUUGGAGUGCUAUAAACAAAUCCAUUCGUUUUGCUUCCAGGCGGAACUAGUUGUGGGGUCGACUGAGCAGUGCACUGAAAUUAUAGAACGGACAAGCUCUUUGGCACCCAAAGUUUGUGCUAGCCUGCUCGAGCUAUUUGCGACCCUAAUAACGCAUUCAAAACGAUCUAUGAGCAGGAAAUUGAAGCUGGAGCUUCUAUUGCUGGUGAUCAACGUUGCGUUUGGUAUUGCGAAUCCGUCCUGUUGUGCAACGUCGUCAAUUGCAAAGCGGAUCAGACUGUUUUUGGAUUUGAGCGACGACUCGCAAGAGCCAGAACGAGAAAGACUUGUUGCAUAG